AUGAAUUCAGAAAAUUGCGAAAAAGUGAUAGAUUCUACAAUAAUAGAUAUUUGUAAAAAAAAGAGUAGUAAUAAAAUGGCAAUCAGACAGUCGCAAUCGUAUAACUACGACUUUCAUAUUCCGAAGCUGGAAAAAAGGAGGGCGAGUGCUUUGGUGGACGAAUUACUGCUAGAAAUUUACAACACCGUUCAUAAUGGCACGACCGAUUAUCUCUCGACUUCAGGCAAAAGCCAAAAAAACUGUUGCAUUAAUCUUGUUGAUUUGCAGGAUAAAAAUGUAGCUGAACUAAGUGCGAUCGUUGUUUGCUUAAAUGAACAUUUAGCGCACACUGGAAGCGUCCUGGUACGUCAAUUAAAGCGGCGUGAUUCUCUUCGCCGUCAGCAACAGGCCCAUUGUGAUGUUAUCUCAAGAAUACUCAGUCACCGUGUCCUAGCUGAUAUAAAAUUUACAAUUCAACCAUCUACAUUAGAAGGUUUAGCUUUUACACAAUGGAAAGCUGCUAUGAAAAUAGUGGCCCAAUUACCUAGUGGAAUCCCACCAGAAUUUAGAAAGCAUUUAUGGAUUACCAUGGCUGAACGAUAUUUACAUUCAAAAAAGGUAAUAACCCAGGCUAAUUUCUAG